CGCGAGAGGGCGGUCCCCGGAGGCCCCGCCCUGGACCGUCCACAGGCGGCCACCCUGGCUGGGGGAAGUGGCCGGCUGGCGGCGAUCUGGUCGGUUGACAGCUGCUGACAGCUGCAGGCGCGGUGGGUGGGGAAGCGGGUGGCCUUGUGUCCUCCUGCCCGCGGUUCCGCACCGCUUUCCGGGUGAGCCCCCGGCCAGCAGCUUCGCCAUCCCCCGCAGCGGCCCGGUCUCUUUAAGAGAUUCGCGGGGCGCCCCGCCUCUUAGAGAUCUGAUUGGUCGCCUCCGCUCGUUUCGUUUCGGAUGGGCGAAAAACACGCUCCGGCUUUCUGGGUCGCCGCUGCUGGCAAGGGCUGCCCGGUGUCCUCGGGGCUGGCGGGCCCUGCGCGCUGGUGACAUCUCUCCCACCUCGCCCACCGCCCCCCAUUCGCGUGGAACCGGCUUCCGAGACUCUUGCGCGACGCUCCCCGUCCCCUGCCACCGACCCUGGCCGCGGAAGGCCGGAGUCCCCGGGGCCUGAGCUGGGUCCUGGCACUCGGCGGCGGCGACAGUGGAUGGGCGGCCCGGGCGGCCAGGCCUGAGCGCUGACCCUGGGCUCUCAGGGCGCUGCGGUAGGAUGUCCGCCCCGGGAGGCACCAACGGGAGCUCGGAGCCCGCGCCACCCCUGGCGCCCAACAUCACGGUGCCCCACCGCUGCCUGCAGCUGCUCUAUGAGGACAUCGGCUCCUCCAGGGUCCGGUACUGGGACCUCCUGCUGCUCAUUCCCAACGUGCUCUUCUUCAUCUUCCUGCUCUGGAAACUUCCAUUUGCUCGGGCCAAGAUCCGCGUCACCUCCAGCCCCAUUUUUAUCACCUUCUACAUCCUGGUGUUCGUGGUGGCCCUGGUGGGCAUCGCCCGGGCCGUGGUGUCCAUGACGGUCAGCGCCCGGGCCGCGGCGUCAACAACCGUCAGCACCUCAGACCCUGCGACUGUUGCCGACAAGAUCCUGUGGGAGAUCACCCGCUUCUUCCUGCUGGCCAUAGAGCUGAGCGUGGUCAUCCUGGGUCUCGCGUUUGGCCACCUGGAGAGCAAGUCGAGUAUCAAGCGGGUGUUGGCCAUUACCAUUGUGCUGUCCCUGGCCUAUUCUGUCACCCAGGGGACCCUGGAGAUCCUGUACCCGGACUCCCACCUCUCCGCCGAGGACUUCAACAUCUACGGGCACGGGGGCCGCCAGUUCUGGCUGGUCAGCUCCUGCUUCUUCUUCCUGGUCUACUCCCUGGUCGUGGUCCUGCCCAAGACGCCGCUGAAGGAGCGCAUCUCCCUGCCCUCGCGGAGGAGCUUCUACGUGUACGCGGGCAUCCUGGCGCUGCUCAACCUGCUGCAGGGGCUGGGCAGCGCGCUGCUGUGCGCCGAUGUCAUCGAGGGCCUCUGCUGUGUGGACGCCACCACUUUCCUCUACUUCAGCUUCUUCGCGCCGCUCAUCUACGUGGCCUUCCUCAGGGGCUUCUUUGGCUCGGAGCCCAAGAUCCUGUUCUCCUAUAAAUGCCAAGUGGACGAGACGGAGGAGCCGGACGUGCACCUGCCCCAGCCCUACGCCGUGGCCCGGCGGGAAGGCUUGGAGGCCGCGGGGACUGUCGGGGCCUCGACUGCCUCCUAUUCCAGCACCCAGUUCGAUUCCGCGGGCGUAGCCUACCUGGACGACGUGGCGUCCAUGCCCUUCCAUGCGGGCAGCAUCAACAGCACCGACAGCGAUCGGUGGAAGGCCAUCAACGCCUGAGAGCGGCCUCCCAGGACCUGCGGGGACAGACGGGACAGGGGCCCGAGGCUGGACUCCCAGGUGGAGCAGAUGAAGGGUUGGGGGCCAGGCCUGCACCUCCUGCCCUCCAGCCCCCAGUUCCCUUGGUGGCCAGUGCUCCAGCCGGGGACCCCUCGUCCUUUUUCCAUCUCCUCGCCCCGCUCAGCAGGCCAGACUGGUCUCCCAGGGACAGAACCUCAUGGCACAGGAUGGCUGCUGCCCACCUCCCCUCACUGCCCCACUCCGCAGCCACUGGUCUCUUCCGAGCACACAGCGUGGGGGACCAGCGGUGGCGUGUAUAUUUUCUUGAUUUAUUUUUUAAUAAAAAGGAAAAGAG